UUUAUAGCCAAAUGAUUUUGAACUACCGGAUGGUUAGCAACAAAGGAAUUCAUGCAAUCAGUCGUGGAUUUAGAACCACUUUUAGAACCUUUUCUACUCACAAUCAGGCUUCCCAUAAAGAAGAAAAUGAUUACUACAAAAUUCUUGGAGUAAAAAGAGAUGCAAGUCAAGAGAAAAUUAGAGAAAAUUACUUAAAACUAGCCAAGAAAUACCAUCCUGAUACUGAAGGAGGGGAUGGAGCCAUAUUCAAGCUCAUUAGUGAGGCUCAUACUGUACUCAGUGACAAAUUUGAAAAAGACAAUUAUGAUAUCUCAAUUGGCAAUUUUGAAGGAGGCCCAAGCAUCUAUUCAGAUAUUUAUCAAAAGGACUACAAGUAUAAGAAGGAUACAAACCUAACUGAAGCUGAGAAAGAAUUCCAAGAGCAAGAGCAUAUUAGAAUCCUUGAAAGAAAACACAAAAGAGAGCAGAAAAGAAUCCAAGCUUACAUGGAUAAUUUUUCUGCAAAGGGAACUGAGUUAAAAGCAUUAAAAGAGCAGUGGACUAAAGAGUAUGAACAACUCAAGGAAGAAGGAAGGGCAGAAUCAACUUUAGAAGAUUACUUAGAUAAUAAAAUGAAUGAAGAGAAAGAAAAUGAAUUUGACUACCAUGCACAUAGGAGAAGACAGCUUAAGAGAUCACAGAAGUUGAACUUCUAUUCCUUUAAGUUCUCAAAAUUCUACCAAUUGUUUGUAAUUUUCCCUCUCUCAUACAUGGUGUACUUGUAUAUUUAUGAGAAGAAUGAUCUUGAGAGGACAGCUCGGGAGUUUACGGCAUUCAGGCAUAAAAGUAAAUAAAAGGACAUUUCAAUAUUG